UACAUUAUCUAUGUCACUGCAUGCUCUGAAGGAAAGUCUGAGACCUUGCACAACCCAACAACCACAACGACAACCACCCUCGUCUUCUUCAUCUUCAUCUAUUACCCAAACACACUCCAAUUAUUCAAUACUCCGUGAUUGCGAUCCCCAAUUCCCAAUCCCUAGGAAACCACCCAAAUCCUCUCUUUCACACCAGCUUCGCCGCCUUCAAGACCCGCCGCUUCGGCCCCACAAUUCCCCAAAACGACAACGGGAAUCCACAAGCGAAGAAGAAGAAGAAGAAAAAGAAGAGCCAGAGAUAAAGAGAGCAAAAUUGGGUAUAGCCAAAUUGUCGCAGUUUCAAUUUGAUGAUACUGGACCCUUUGACCCUUUGAUCUUGUCCUCAGAUGGAGAACUUCCCGUGGUUCAGGUCCCUGCAUCUAUAAACUGUAGACUGCUUGAGCAUCAAAGAGUGGGAGUGAAGUUUCUGUAUGGUUUGUACAAGAACAACCAUGGAGGCAUCCUUGGAGAUGACAUGGGUCUUGGAAAGACCAUUCAAGCAAUAGCAUUUCUUGCUGCUGUCUUUGGUAAAGAAAGAGAGUCUAUGCUAAGUGAAAACCGGGUAGAGAAGAGAGACCCAGUAUUGAUAAUUUGCCCAACUUCUGUUAUUCACAACUGGGAGAGCGAAUUCUCUAAGUGGGCUAACUUCAGUGUUUCCAUUUAUCAUGGUGCCAACCGGGAUCUGAUAUAUGAUAAAUUGGAAGCAAGUGGAGUGGAGAUACUUAUUACCAGUUUUGACACUUACAGGAUUCAUGGCAGUUCCUUGUCAGAUAUCAACUGGAACAUUGUGAUUGUUGAUGAGGCUCAUAGACUUAAGAAUGAUAAAUCAAAACUCUAUAAAGCCUGUUUAGAAAUCAAAACCUUGAGACGCUAUGGUCUUACUGGGACCGUAAUGCAAAAUAAGAUCAUGGAAUUGUUCAAUCUCUUUGAAUGGGUUGCACCUGGAUCCCUUGGAACACGGGAACACUUUCGUGAGUUCUAUGAUGAACCCCUUAAGCAGGGUCAGAGGUCAACGGCUCCUGAUAGGUUUGUACAAAUUGCUAAUAAGAGAAAACAACACCUUGUUGCAGUUCUUCAUAAAUAUAUGUUGAGAAGGACUAAGGAAGAGACCAUUGGGCAUCUUAUGAUGGGGAAGGAAGAUAACAUUGUGUUCUGCGCAAUGAGUGAUUUGCAAAAGCGUGUUUACAGGAGAAUGUUACAGCUUCCUGACAUUCAAUGCCUUAUAAAUAAGAACCUGCCUUGUAGUUGUGGUAGCCCUCUUACUCAAGUUGAAUGUUGCAAGAGGAUUGUACCAGAUGGAGUUAUUUGGCCUUACCUUCACAGAGAUAACCCUGAUGGUUGCGAUUCAUGCCCCUUUUGCCUUGUCCUUCCAUGCCUUGUCAAGCUCCAACAGAUAAGCAAUCACCUUGAGCUGAUUAAGCCAAACCCCAAAGAUGACCCUGACAAACAAAGUAAAGAUGCAGAGUUUGCUUCUGCUGUCUUUGGCCCUGAUAUUGAUUUCGUGGGCGGGAACAUGCAGAAUCAGAGCUUCAUGGGUCUAAGUGAUGUGAAACAUUGUGGCAAAAUGCGAGCACUUGAAAAACUAUUUUCCUCAUGGAUUUCACAUGGUGACAAAGUUCUUUUGUUUAGCUAUUCUGUAAGGAUGCUGGACAUACUGGAGAAAUUUCUCAUACGAAAAGGCUACUGCUUCUCAAGACUUGAUGGGUCCACUCCAACUAAUUUACGUCAGUCUCUGGUUGAUGAUUUCAACUCAAGUCCAAGCAAACAAGUAUUCCUGAUAUCAACUCGUGCUGGUGGGCUUGGAUUGAACCUUGUCAGUGCAAACCGUGUUGUAAUAUUUGAUCCCAACUGGAAUCCUGCACAAGACCUACAGGCUCAGGACAGGUCUUUUCGUUUUGGACAGAAGCGGCAUGUUGUUGUGUUCCGUCUUCUUGCAGCUGGUUCACUUGAAGAACUUGUUUAUUCACGUCAGGUGUACAAGCAGCAGCUCUCGAACAUUGCUGUCUCUGGAAAGAUAGAAAAACGAUAUUUUGAAGGUGUCCAGGACUGCAAGGAAUUCCAAGGAGAGCUUUUUGGAAUUAGCAAUUUAUUUCGAGAUUUAUCUGAUAAGCUAUUUACCAGUGAGAUCAUUGAAUUGCAUGAUAUGAGUAAGGAACAUAGGCAAAAAACAGAACAGGAAAAAUUAAAUCUGUCAGAAGAAACAGGUUCAUUAGUAUCAGACUCUGAAACUGGGUUAUGUACUGAAUCUGUGAGGGCUGCAAUCAGUAAACCAGAUCUUGAAGACCUUGGCAUUGUGUAUGCUCAUCGCAAUGAAGACAUUGUCAACUACAGAUCAGGGAUUCAAGGGAAAAUAUAUACCAGCAUCCCUUCAAGUGAUAGCCCAAGCAAGCCAACCAUGUCUUUAGUCCACCAAAGUAAGAAACCAGAUUGUGUACUUAAAAAGCAGAAAGUUCCUUUGAUUGAUGAAAGGAAGAGAACCCAAUAUAGCCUCCUUGCUCAGUCUAUGGGCAUGGGAGAACUUGCAUUUAGCCAAUGGUUACUAUCAGCGACUCCACGAGAAAGGGAGAAAGUGCUUCUAGACUACAAGAAGAAAAAGAAGAUACCUAAUGGUUGAAGAGUGGUUCUUAUGGAUGGCAAAAUAAAUACAGGCCUUCCAUGUAGCACUAGUUACAAUACAAAAACAUUAAUAGAUUGUAUAACAUUUUGUAAAUACGGAUGUAUAGUCAUAAUUUUCCUUUUCACAAAUUGAAUAUGUUACAUUGUAACUUUUGCAUU